UGUGGCUCAAUAUCUCCUCUCGAAGAGCGCCUCUCUUCCUCCGCAGUUUUUCCUCCUCCGAUCUCUCUCUCCCGCGCGCGCGCUCUCUCUCUUCGACGGAAACUAAUGGAAGCUGAGUUGAGAAGAAGUACAAGGUUAAAAUUGUGGAUUAGGAUGGUUUAGAAUUUGGACUAGUGAACAGAUAUCCAAGCCGAGAAGUUUAACAUAUGGAAAAUCUCCGUUCAGUUAGUAGCCCUAGAAGAACACUCAGUCUAUCAAAGAAACGAACUGCUUCAGUCUUCUUCUCGUACCGAGAUGACAAAGCUCCUGGGUUCGGGUUAUCGGGAGACCAUGGCCCCAAACCUUCAGAAGUUUACGGGUUUGUAGGUUCCAUCUCGACAGUGGUUGCUACAGUCGUAUUCUUGAUAUGGGCAUAUGUUCCAGACUCGUGGCUGCAUUCCGUUGGAAUCUUUUACUAUCCUAGCAGGUACUGGGCAGUGGCGGUGCCAGCCUAUGUCAUGGUUUCUAUAGCAUUAGCCUUGGUGUUCUACAUUGGUCUCAACUUUUUGUCCACCCCACCGCCAACUUCCUUCAAUGUGAUGUUUGACGAAUUCAGUAAAGAGCCAUCCAUCUCUGUUUUGUCAGAGGAAGAAGACCGGCCCAUUGAACCGAUAUCUGAUAUUGCCAUUAACAGAAUCAACGACCUUAUGUUCAAUAAUAAGUAAUGUGUACCUAAUUCUUGUGAUGUUGUUGUCUCUUUAAAGAAAAUCCGUCAGGAUAUGCUGAGAAAAAGAACAAUGGAGUUGCAGAUAAAUACUUUAAAUUACAAGAUCGCUGUCCAUGCUAUUUCCUUGAUAGAUAAACACAGCGAGGAGGUGGGUAUGGCCGUUAGGACUUCUCGACGAGAAUGUGAAUACUCCAAGAGGAUGUCCAUUGUCAUGUAUGAUGAGCAGCAUUGGCUUCUUCUAACGCCCAUUCUUCAACACGAUGGGAAAUCCCAUCUAAUUCGAGAUUCUGGUUUCACCAUCAGAGUGCAGACUUUGGGUUGCAAUGGGGCCAGAAGUUCCCGUCGAGGUCACGCUUCCUCUGUUGCCUGUUGUUCUUUGAUCCGAGUCAUCUGAGAAACCAGCAUUUCAUGUACUCUUUCUUUCAACUGCAAAGAUGGCAAGUAAUUAGGAAAAUUUAUAUUAGAACCGUCGGGAAAUUGGCUAUUAGAUUGAGGUAUGUUAUUAAACUAAUGAGUAGAAUAAGAAUCUUAGCAUCAUAGAAACUUUA